AUCAAAACGUCACCGGCUAAAGCUGCGACUGCGGCUGACGAUUACUACGACUACGAGGAAUGUAUCGAAGAAGACUACCCUGAGGCCGGUGCUGAGGCGAUCGGACCUAGUGGCGUCACGAUAGAAGACGUAAUGUUCAGCGAUGGUCCAGUCACUGAUUAUGAAGGUUCCGGUGAUUAUGAAACUCAAUUUACUCUUGAAACUGGAUCUGGUUCAGAGUCCACUGAUGUUUGGACCACCGAUGAAACGGGCAGUGGAUCUACUGGCACUGACUUCACUGAUGAAACAACAGUAUUUACAUCAAUCACUGACACGACAGAGUCGACAACAGAUGAAAGUGAAAGUGAACUGACUGGGGAAUUCAUUCCAAUAAGUAGCAAGAAGCCAUUAUAUUCCGCUUCGAAGAAAUCUGAAGUUACUGAUACAAUAUCCAGUACAGAACCAUCGUCAACAAUAUCAGAUAGCUCAGUUAGUGGUAGCACGGAAACCGGAAUUACAGAAGUAUCCACAGAUGGAAGCACCGAUUCAAGUUCAACUUUGGAUAUUUCGGAAUCAACUGGUGAUGAAAGCACAGUAACGUCAUAUAGCAGCACAGAAAAUAGUACAAUAGAAAAUACAGAAUUGACAGGAUCUAGUGAAGGAGCAUCAUCGAGUGUUAGCGAAACAGAGUUAACUGACUUAACCGAAAGCACAAUUGCCGAGAGAACAGAGUCGACGGAAACAGGCGCAAGUUCAGCUUCUACUGAAGCUACUGAAACAGGUACAACUGAAGGUGGAAGCACGGAAGGAGCAAGUGAAAGCAGUUCACUCAGUUCAGAGACUGAAAUAACGGACACCACAGAAUUGUUUACAACCGAAGCAACAAAAUCAGAUACAGAUUCGUCUGAAACAGAUAGUAGUGUUACGACGGAAUUAGAUACAAAGGCCACGAAAGAAGAAUCUGUUUCUACAGAAACUAGCACCUCCGACUCCAUAACGACGGAUCUCGUAACCACAGGCUCUACUGAAUCUGAACCAACUGAGAUUACAGAGUCCACUGUAACCGAUACAACAUUGACCGAAUCAAGUGAAACCACAGAAUCUGAAUCAUCAGAAAUUACGGAAUCUGAAUCGAGCGCAUCUACAGAAUCUGUUUCUAGUGUAUUGACUGAAUCUGCAUCCAAUGUAUCUACAGAAUCAGAAUUAAGUGCAACUACAGAAUCUGGAUCUAGUGCAACUACUGAUUCUGAAUCCAGUGCAACUACUGAAUCUGGAUCUAGUGCAACUACUGAAUCUGAAUCUAGUGCAACAACAGAAUCUGAACCAAGUGCGACUACCGAAUCGGGAUCAAAUGCAACAACUGACCUUGAAACUAGUGCAUCUACAGAAUAUGAAACUAGUUCAACUACAGAAUCUGGAUCAAGUGUAAGUACCGAAGCUGAAUCACUGGCGACCACAGAGACCACGGAUCGAGAAACAACUAUCGCUGGUGUAAGUACAGGAUCUACAGAAGAAGCUACGAUAUCUGAAUCAAGCGCGACUACAGAAAGUGCUACAGAAGAGAGCACUGAAUCCUCAGAAACAACAGAAAGCUCUAUUGCAAGCACGGAAACAGAAAGUGCAGAAUCUAGCACCACUGAGGUCUCUGCUAGUUCAUUAUCAACAACGGAAGUAUCGGAAUCUGAAGAAGAAGAAACGUCAGAAGAAACUGGCAGCACAACUGAGUCUGCGUCUACUACAGAAACUAUUGAAGAAACAUCAACGACGAGUGGAUCUACACUGGAAAGUUCCGAAACAUCUGCAAGUUCGUCUAUUGAAAGUGCAUCCACAACGGAAAUUUCGAGUACUGAGGAAUCGUCUGGUGCAACUGAGACCAGACUGGAAGGCUUGUCCACCACUGAAAUAUCAACUGAAAGGGAGACGGGUACUGAAAUUGGAACAACUCCAUGGGACUGGACGACGACUGUUGAAGUUUACACAAAGAAACCAGGCUGCAAGGCGCGUAGGAAAGUCGCUAAGUGUAUUAAGAGCAAAUACGGAUGCUGUCCCGACAAGAGGACCCCAGCAAAGGGACCAUUCGAAGAAGGUUGCGAGAGUCCAAAGACGUGCAAGGAGACUAAACACGGUUGUUGCCCUGACGGAGUGUCCCCCGCGACCGGUCCUCGCGGUCAGGGCUGCCCACUGCUGGCCUGCAGCGAGACGCUCUUCGGUUGUUGCCUCUCCGACAAUGUUACUGCUGCGGAGGAUAACGAUCAGCAAGGCUGUCCUCCCGCCAAGCCUGCUUGUGCAGAAUCCAAGUACGGCUGUUGUCCCGAUGACAAGACUGAAUCUAAAGGACCGAGGAAUGAGGGUUGCCCAGAGGAAGAAGUUACAAACGAGGGAUGUUUUGGGAGCGAGUUCGGUUGCUGUGCAGACAACAGCACCGCGGCAACCGGACCCGACGGCAAGGGCUGUCCCUGCAACAUCACCGCUUUCGGCUGCUGCCCCGAUGGUGUCUCUCCAGCGCAAGGCACUCAAAUGGAAGGCUGCGUGUUCUCAUGCAACUCGACGGAGUUUGGGUGCUGCGCAGACGGCGAAACUCCUGCCCACGGACCGGAGCAGGAGGGCUGCUGUUUGCAGUUCCCCUUCGGCUGCUGCCCCGACAACUACAAACCCGCCGCCGGGCCUCAUCUUGAGGGCUGCAUGUGCGCAGACGCCCACUACGGUUGCUGUCCGGACAACAAGACCAUCGCACGUGGACCCAGAAAUGAAGGCUGCGGCUGUCAAUACACAGAGUUCGGAUGCUGUCCGGAUCGCCACACUACCGCUACCGGGCCAGACUUCGAGGGCUGUUCUUGCAACACCUACCAGUUCGGCUGCUGUCCCGACGGCAUCACCAUUUCCACCGGCCCCAACCUGGAGGGCUGCCGCUGCCAGUACUCACAGUACGGAUGCUGCGGAGACGAGCUCACUGCCGCCGUGGGCCCUGACCAGUUGGGUUGCGAUUGCGCCAGUAGCAAGUACGGCUGUUGCCCUGAUGGCCAAACUGAAGCCAAAGGAGAAAAGUUCCUGGGUUGUUCUGAUGUACCUGUAAACAGACAAGAGGCUUGUAGCCUGCCGACGGAACGCGGCUCGUGCCGCAACUACACGGUGCAGUGGUACUACGACAUGGAAUACGGCGGCUGCUCGCGCUUCUGGUACGGCGGAUGCGAGGGCAACGGCAACCGCUUCCAAAGCAAGGAGGAGUGCGAGGACGUCUGCGUACAGCCCUCGCCUAAAGACGCGUGCAACCUUCCGAAGGUGAAAGGCGCGUGCGUGGGAUACAAUUUGCGCUGGUACUAUGACAAGGAGCAGCAAGUGUGCGGCCAGUUCGUGUUUGGUGGCUGCCUCGGCAAUGCCAACAACUUCGAGAGCCGCGAGCUCUGCCAGGCGCAGUGUCAGCCCCAAAAGAAUGUUGAUGAAUGUGAGCUGCCGAUGGAGGAGGGUCCGUGCGCCGGGAGCUUUGCUCGCUGGUCCUUCGACCAGAAGACGCGGCGUUGCUUCCAGUUCGUGUGGGGCGGGUGCGCCGGAAACGGCAACCGCUUCACCUCCGAGGCUGCCUGCAUGCAACGCUGCAGUCCGCCCGGCAAACCGCAACCAAGCUGUGUUGAGCCGCAAGAGACAGGGAAUUGCACGGAGAAGCAUGCCGCCUGGUCCUUCAGUCAGACGGAGAACCGUUGCGUACCAUUCUAUUACACCGGCUGCGGGGGCAAUGGGAACAGAUUCGAUACAGAGGCCAGUUGUAUGGCCUCCUGUCCCAGUGCGUACGAGCCAGAGAUAUGCGUACUGCCUGCUGAAACAGGAGAAUGCGCGGACUAUAGAGAGAAAUGGUUCUACGAUACAACUAAUAAGGGUUGCCGACAGUUCUACUACGGCGGGUGUGGAGGCAACGAAAACAGGUUCGAUUCGCAGCAGGAGUGUGAGAUGCGCUGCUACGAGAUACCCACCACUACUACCACCGAGCCCACCACGGUCCAGACUACACGACUCACUCCGAUCACAAGACCCGCGGAGACCACAAGACUCGAGGAGACUACACGGCCGGUACCGCAAGUACAGCCACCAGAGUCCGGCUCACAGAGAUCUGAUUUCUGUGCGUUGGAGUUGGAUCCUGGCCCGUGCGAGGAGUUGCAGAGCCGCUGGGGCUACGACGGCUCCCUGGGCACAUGCAUCACCUUCAUGUACGGCGGCUGCGGCGGCAACAGGAACAACUUCCCUACGCAGGAGUAUUGCAACUAUUUCUGUCCCGAUGAAACAGUGGCAAGCCGUUUCGACCCGGAGACGUCUUCGGAUGACAUCUGCAGACUGCCGAUGCGCGCCGGACCGUGCGAUCAGUCGUUGAUGCGCUGGUUCUAUGACCCCAGCACCGACUCCUGCAGCCAGUUCACUUACGGAGGCUGCGAGGGCAACGCCAAUCGAUUCGAAAGCUUGGAGGAGUGCGAGAGUCGGUGUAAGACAACAAGACCGGAGCCCAAGACUUCAACGACCACCACGACGAGCACCACGACGCCGGCUACAACAACUAACGCUGUCACGGUGGAAGAGUUGCCGCGAGAGUGUAUAGUGUCCCCGAUCCUGGAGGAGUGUUCGGGCGCGGGCACGGUAUGGUAUGCAGACAGUAGCCGGCAGUGCGUGCAGCAUGUCAACGCUGACACCGGCGUCACCUGCCGCAUCACAGGCGUCUUCAGCUCACCUGAGGCCUGCGAGAGGAGCUGUGGAGCUUUCCGAAAUAUUGAUGUAUGUCGGUAUCCGAUGGACGCGGGCCCGUGUCGGUCCUUCGAGCCCAAGUUCUACUUCGACGGCGACAGCAGCAGUUGCCGGCAGUUCCUGUACGGCGGCUGUCACGGCGGCCCCAACCGCUUCUCCACCUUCGACGAGUGCGAGGACAUUUGUCAACCUAAGAGCGACCCAUGCAAGGUGCCCCCGGAGCCGGGCAACUGUCUGGCGUACCUACCCAUGUGGUACUAUGAUGAGGCGCGCGACGACUGCAGCCAAUUCAUCUAUAGCGGCUGCAACGGCAACGGCAACAGAUUCGAUACACGAGAAGACUGCGAGGGUAGAUGCAAAAAACGACCCUCGACCACCCUCGCGCCUACAACCGAAGUUAUUACCACCACGACAACAACGACUACAACGACCACAGCCGCUCCCACCACUACACAACAAAUAUUGGUGGAGGAGCAGUGCCGCAUACCGGCGUCGUUGGAGCCGUGCGGGGCCAGCGCUGCUGUGUUCUACUACGACGAGACGCGCGGUACAUGCCUGCCCGCGGAAUUCGGCAACUGCCGCCAUCCCAACUCCUACCGCAGCGAGGAGGAGUGCGAGAGACGCUGUGGUGUCUUCAGAGCGCUCGAUGUGUGUCGGUAUCGCCUUGACCCUGGGCCGUGCAACGAGACUGGCAUCAUGAAGGUGUACUGGGACGCGGAGUCAGGUGGCUGCCAACCGUUCGCAUACGGUGGCUGCCAAGGCGGACCCAACCGCUUCUCCAGCGUGGACGAGUGUGAGGAGGUCUGCGGUCCUAGUGGUCCCGAGACGAACGAAGUGUUGCCGGACUGCGAGGCGUACAACGCGGAGUGCUCUGCGCUGAGGUGCGCGUACGGCGUGCAGCGCACGCGCACUGCCGGCGGUUGCGAGCGGUGCGCCUGCGUGCAGGUCGAGGUCGACUGCGCGCCACUGCUGCAAGAGUGCCAGCGCCUCAAGUGCUACUACGGAAUGCUCAACGAGACCGGCGACGACGGCUGCCAGAGAUGCCGCUGCCUGGACCACCCGUGUGCAAGCAAGAAGUGCGCGGAGGGAGAGCGUUGUGUGCCCACCGUAUUCCGCGACCCUGUCCUGCAGGAGAUCAGUUACGUGGCCAGCUGCAACGUCAUGAACAAGACGGGUAGCUGUCCGGUUGCGGAAGAAAUGCCGGUAUUGGAUGGGUCGUGCCGGGUCGAGUGCAACGACGACGCAGACUGUCGCGGCGAGGCCAAGUGCUGCGCCCGCGGCUGCAGCCAGCUCUGCCUUGCGCCCGCCGCCCCCACGCCUUCACCAGCAGCCAACAUCGCCGCCACCAGCACCGCGCCACUCACCACCGCAUACCAGCCCGAGCUGCCGCAAGCGCCGCGCGCCAACACGGCGACGGAGCCCGAGGUGAGCGCGGCAGAGGGCGGAAAGGCCACGCUACGCUGUCUCUUCCACGGCAACCCACCGCCCAAAAUCACCUGGAGCCGCGGCGCGAUCACGAUCGACGGUACCUCUGACCGCUACCGGCUGCUGUCGGACGGCGCGUUGGAGAUCGUGUCGCUGUACCGUAACGACUCGGGCGUCUACAUCUGCAUCGCCGACAACGGCCUCGGUGUCGCACGCCAGGAGAUACGGCUGCUGGUCAACGAUCCCGUGGAAGCGCCCGUGGGCAUCGCGGGAGAUAGCGACACCGUCGUGAUGGGAGAACUCAACCGGGUGCUGUACAUUCGCUGCAUGGCAUACGGCUACCCCAUGCCCUUCAUACAAUGGUUCCGAGGAAUGUCGGGCCCCAUGGUACCGUACAGCAGCUCCCUGUACGAAGCUAGAGGCAGUGUGCUCCAGAUAAGAAGACUAGAUUACGAUACGCUCGGCGACUACGCAUGCCAGGCAUACAACGGCGUGGGCAAGCCGGCAUCCUGGUCGGUCGUAGUGAAGGCGUACAGGCCGGAAGGCGAUGAGACCGACAACCCGUACUUGGUGGACAGACAAGAAAGAGUGCGGAUAACUCCGCGGGAACCUAUCACUGAAGCGACGACCACACCGGUUCCUGAGAUCACAGUACCAGUGUACACCGUGCCAGUGACGACACGUAUCCUGUCGUCGACGGCGACGGUUGCGACGGGCGCGCAGCUGACGCUGCCGUGCGAGGUGGACGGCUACCCCGAACCCGAGGUGCGCUGGACCAAGGACGGCGUUCCACUGCUGCCCAGCGACCGCAUCGAUAUCACAGAGUCGCGGCUGACGAUAACGUCGACAAACAUCAACGACAGCGGGCUGUACGGCUGCCACGCUCGCAACGCCUUCAGCUCGCACUCCUCCACGGUGCAGAUCACCGUAGAAGGUUUGUACAUCCCGCCGACAUGUAAAGACAACCCGUUCUUCGCGAACUGCAAUCUCAUCGUGCGCAGCAAGUUCUGUACACACAAGUACUACUCCAACUUCUGUUGCAAGUCGUGCGUGGAGGCCGGCCUCCUUAACCCACUAGAUCUGGAUAUAUUGGUUAAGUAGCGGGACAAUUAAGUUACCUAUACUUAGGAUAAGUAGAGGCCAAGGGUCACGACCGAUGCCAUAGAAUUAUAAAACGAAAACUAGUUAAGUAUUUCUAAUGAAUAACAACUAUUUAAUUUAUAAUUCUCACCAAAAUUUGUGCAAAAAGUGAAGCCUUUUAAAUGUUAGAUUUAUAAACCUUGUCUUAAUGUAUUUUAUCUUGUAAAAUUCUAAAAUAAUUAUUCAUUGAUAACUUUUUCUAAACUAAAGCAUUUUAAAUAGACUACUCUAGUAAUUGUAUCAAAAAUAUAGAUAUUUCAAAAAUUAAAAAUAAAUAGUCGUCGGUCGUAGAGACCUUUGGUGUUGAAAGGAUGUGUGCCAUAAAACCCUGUGUUUUACGUAUUAAAACACGAUGUAUAAUUGCACAUGAUAUCUGAUGACAAGAUAAAACUCUAAGGGGCAUGUUUCCAAUCUAGUUAUGCACUUUUAAGUAAACAA